AAUAUUUCAUUUGUCAGUGAAAUAAAUAGCAACAUUAGGUUUCGACUUUGUACAGUAAUAUUUUUGAAACUAGUAAUUGUACUUUUGUAAGUCUGUGGAAAUUAUAAAAUUAAAAGUGAAUACCUUAAACUUGUGGUUACAUUUAGGUUAAAAGUGUGGGCAGUAAUGACAGAAGACAGUUCUAAGGAGGUUAGUAUCCAAAUCCAUCCUCUUACCCAUAAUCCAUCAGAAGCAUGGGAGGAACUGAAAAAUGUACAGAUUGUUAAAAAAGUCUAUCCACUUCCUCUUAAUAUGCCAGUCAGCUCAAAAGCUGUUCGUUUUGUGUGUAUGUCUGACACACAUUCUCUCACAUCUCACCUGAAAUUUCCUAUUCCUCCAGGCGAUGUAUUCAUUCAUGCUGGGGACUUUACAAGACAUGGCUUGCUAAAUGAAAUCAAAGAAUUUAACAAGUUUUUAGGCAAAUUACCUCACAAGUAUAAGGUGGUCAUUGCUGGUAACCAUGAACUCACUUUUGAUCCUUCCACAUCCGACAUCGAAAUGAUUCAAUGUCAUAUUUCUAUGUUAUCCCUUGAACAAAGAGGAAGUUCCAAGUCAUUAGAAAAAGAAGCUAGAGACUUGCUCACAAAUUGUAUUUACCUUGAGGAUUCUGGAGUUGACAUUUAUGGACUCAAAAUCUAUGGCACUCCAUGGCAACCAGAAUUCUGUAAUUGGGCAUUCAACCUUCCUAGAGGUGAAGCUUGCCUUGCAAAGUGGAAGAAAAUACCAACUGAUGUUGAUGUUCUAGUCACCCACUCUCCACCUAUUGGCCAUGGGGACUUUUGUGUUACUGGAGUGCGAGCUGGCUGUGUAGAACUUCUCAGCACAGUGCAAGCUCGUGUGAAACCUAAAUAUCACAUAUUUGGCCACAUACAUGAAGGAUAUGGCAUUACAACAGAUGGACAAACAAUUUUCAUUAAUUGCUCAACAUGCAACUCCAGUUAUAAACCAGUCAAUUCACCUAUCAUAUUUGACAUUCCAUUGCCUCAAGGCUACUGUAAAACUUAAUGGCUUCAUUAAAUUCAUUUUAUCUAAGAACAACACGAAUAUAUUUAAUCAAGAAAUCUCUUGCAGAGUUUUUGGGAAAGGUUGUGGGUACAUUUGUUGAAAUCAGAUAUGGGAACUCUUUCUUAUUUCUGUAAAAAAACAAAAAGAAUGUAGAUCUCAUCUGUUAUAACAAAAUAUUGAAAUUAAAUUUCAGAUUUCAAUACAUUUAGUUAGUUGGUAGAAGGUAGAAGUUUAAUGUUUGUAUAUUAUUAAAUAUUAUACAGUGUGGAACUUUAUGCAAGAGUAGUGGAAAGAUAAGGAGCAAAUUAAAAAAAUUGAAGAAUUAAUAUUCAGAGACAUUCUUUUCUUUCAUUAUUUAAGUUGCCCCCCUUCAGUGGUACAGUGGUAUGGGCU